UUAAAGUAGUGUUUGAUCCGUAGCGUUAGGCUAUUAAGCCUUGUUGUACUUGUAAUUUUCUUAGGUUAAGGGUGAAGGCUUACCGGCUUAACUAUCGAAAAUGUUUACCAAAAACCACCCAAAAAGUAAACGCUCGCUGAGACGCAUGGUUGCUAAAAAAACUCGUGAAGCAGAACUUUUGCUUACUUUUAAUAGCAGUUUUGAAGAAUCAGCUUCUAAUUCUCCAUAUCUGUCAUCUUCUCAACCAUCGAGUAGUAAUAAUAUUAAUUUAGGCGAGGAUUUAAGUCUGUUCGAAGUAAGUCCAACUAUUUAUUGUGCAAGAAGUGAACCUGAACCUAAACGUCCAAUGCAGUCCCAGUUAACCACAUUAAAUACCGAUCUUGCACUGGAUAUAAAUGAGGUUAUUAAUAAAGCUCCUGGCCACCCGGAGCUGAGUUACAAGCAAGCUCAUUUUGAUUUGAGAAAAUGGGCUGUUUGCAAUAAAAUUCCACAUUGUGUUCUAAAUGGUUUGCUAAAAGGCGUGCUCUGCAAAAAUUUUCCCCAGGCUAGGUUUCCGUCAGAUGCUAGAACUUUAUUAGAGACUUCUAAAAAGCUAUUCAAUAUAAAUUUAUCCCAAAAUUAUUGUUAUUUUGGUAUCGAAAAAUCAAUAAACUAUUUAUUUCGAGCUUAUAAUGUUGAAAUUGCGGAGGGGGAUGCAAUUGAACUUGGUAUAAAUGUUGAUGGUUUGCCUUUAACGAAAAGUACAGACAGUUCUUUUUGGCCAGUUUUAGGUUCCAUUAAGUCAUUGAAAAUAUUAAAAAAUAUUGUGUUUCUUAUCGCUUUGUAUUAUGGAAAAGCUAAACCUAAACAUCCAGAUAUACUUAUGUCUGAUUUUGUCAAAGAGUGUCAGCGACUUAAUGGCAAAAUUACAAUACAAAACAUUGAAAUAGAUUUCACGAUAUCAAUGAUUAUCUGUGACAUGCCUGCAAAAUCAUUCUUAUUGCAAAUAAAAGGCCCCACAGGAUAUUUUUCAUGUACCCAUUGCCUAAUUGAAGGAGAAGCCGAAAGAUAUGUUUGUUUUCCCCAGGUCGAUUGUCCGAAAAGGACAGAUGGGUCAUUUCGGCAAAAAAUAAAUAAAGAGCAUCAUAUCGGAACAUCAUUAGUUGAAAAUAUUCCAAAUUUUAAUUUAAUUGUAAAUGUGCCACUCGAUUACAUGCAUCUAGUAUGUUUAGGUGUAGUAAAGAGGCUCUUAACUCAUAAAAAGUAUGGCUUUGUGUUCGGAAAACCACCCUAUAAGUUACGUGCUUCUAGUGUCAUUAGAAUAAAUGAAAGACUUAAAAAAAUGCGUCGUUUUAUACCUAUUGAAUUUGGUAGAAAAACCAGACCUAUAACUGAAAGUAGAAGAUACAAGGCAAGUGAGUUAAGAACCUUUUUAAUUUAUACAGGACCAGUUGUUUUAAAAAAUGUUUUGCAAAAAAAAAAUUAUAAUAAUUUUGUAGUACUCUCGGUUGCAAUUUCAAUUUUACUUAGUGAGCAUGCUUUUGAUGUAUCCUGGCUUAAAUAUGCUGAAGAACUAAUUACUUGUUUUAUUGAUAAAUCAAAAUCUAUUUAUGAUAUUGGUUUUUUUUCUUUAAACGUUCAUUCUUUGUCUCACUUGGUAGAUUGUUGUAAAAAAUUUGGUCCGCUGGACAGUUUUAGUGCAUUCCCCUAUGAAAAUUAUAUGCAAAAACUACUAAGAUAUGUCAGAAAAGCUCAUCAACCUUUACAACAAGUUAUUCGUAGGGUUUCUGAAGAGAAUAAUUUAUUAAAUAGUCUUACAAUAAACACCAAAAAAUGUGUAAAGCCCAGUAGUUUAAAUUGUGUUCAGGUUCACUCAGAAGGACCUUUAGCACCCGGUUGCAAAGGUCCACAAUAUAAAAAAAUGGUUUGUGACUCUUUCACCAUUUCAUGUAAUACAUUUGGUAAUAGGUUCGUUAUGCUUAAGGAUGGAAGCAUUUUUGAGGUAAAAAACAUAUGUUAUGAUAAUAGUAAUAAGCUCAGUAUUGUAGGACAACCUUAUAAAAAAGUUGGUGAUUUGUUUAAUAAGCCAUGUCAUUCUUCUUUAUUAAAUAUUUGGGUAAUUAAAAAACAGGAAUCCCCUUUAUUAAUGUUUGUUUCUGCGUCAGAUAUUAAUUCAAAAUUGUUAAUUUUACCAUUUAAUGAAGUAGAUGACAACUUUGUAACAUUCCCUAUAAUUCAUUGUAUUAAAGCCUAAUAUACAUAUACAGGGUGUUCACAGUUUAAUUGCUCCCCCAUUAACUUCUUGUUUUUAUUUGUACAGGGUAUUUCAGGAGGUCUGAGCAUGAUUCCUUUUUAUUUCAAAUACGUACUCCAUUUUUUAUUAAAUGUUUGGAUUCUCCUAAGAAUUCUAUACUUUUUUUAUACAUUUUUUUAUUUAUUUAUUAAGGUUUAAAUUUUUUCCACUUUUUUACAUAUAUCUAUUUAGGCUUUAGGCAUAGGGUGUGUUAUAUAUAAAACGUACAGAAUUGUAAGGAGAAUCCAAAAAUCUAAUAAACAAAUGGGGUAGGUAUUUGAAAAAGAAAGUUGAAGCAAUCCCAGACUUUCUGAAACACCCAUUUUCGUAUGUUUUACGGGGUGUCUUGCUUAUGAGUUGAAAUAGAGAUGCGGUUUUCGCGACACCGUGCUAUUUUUUUGUAAAACCAAAGUUAGCGCAAACAAAAUUUUCAUAGCCUCCUUCGUUUUUAAGAUACAGGGCAAAAUUAAAAAGUGAAUGGGUGGGUCCAUUUAACUGUAAACAUGUACCCUGUACCUGUACCUACUUGUAUAGACAAAAUUUUAUCCAUCUGUAGUUACGUCAUUUUUGCUUAUCUUUGUUUAAUACAUUUCAAACAGGGGUGACAACAAACUUUAAAUAAAAAUGGGUGUCCAGUUCUUAUGUGAAGUAUCAGUCACUAUCACACACUAUCAAUCAGAAACAUUGAUUUUUUAAAAUUUAAGCCAAACGUUUUUUCUCAUCUGAAUGACUUCAUUACAGAUGGGUAAAAUUUUAAGAUUUUUUCUAAUCACGUAUACCUAAAUGCUGAAUGUUUAUUUUUAUUUUGACAAAAAUAAAACAACAGGAAUAUUAAGGUACUCCUGAUGUGUCUUUUUUUGAUACCGCCUUUAUUGGCAUCGGUUUAAUUUAACUUUAAAAGUAGGUACUGUACAUUAUACCCUCAACCUUACCGUCCAAUCAUACUCGUACUGUACUGUAUUACAUAGGUAGUCUAGCUAUAUAUCUAGGAGAUCAUGACAAAUAAGUUUGUUUUAAAUGGUAUUUGUUGUCCGCAAA